UGCGACGAGAGGCGCGGAAGCGAAACAUGUACUGCCGGUGCUAAGAGGAAGAUCCGUAUUGUUUAAAAAAAGAAACGCUGACGUGUGCUUUUCAGUCUAGCAAUCUAGGCUACGGUUCUGUGCGUCAAGGUAACAACAGCAAGAACGGUUUCCUUUAUGCACGUGCGAGCCUGUGCGCUCCCAGACUAGGCGCGCGACCCACUCUAAAUCAAGGAUCGCAGGUGUUUUGCUGCCGCGCGCUAUGUAUAUGCCAACCGUGCCACAUAUUUCAAACAGCUGCUGUUUAAAUCGCCGCGCGGUGCAGGCCAUGCAACGCGGAACCUGAGCACUGGAAGCAAGACGACACAUCAUCGCUAAGCACCGAUCGUUUCGGAAGCAGGACGACAUGGACACCUUGCUAGAGUCGAUCCUCACCUACGCGUACCUCACCGUCCUGUACUUCUUGCAGGGCGUCCCAUACGGCGUCCAGGACAAACUGUUGCCCCAGCACCUCAGGUCGAGCAGGUUCUCUUACAGCAAGGUCGCGCUCGCUCGGAUCUUGCUCGUACCCUGGCUCUGCAAGCCCCUGUUGGCGUCUUACAUCGAGAAGCGAUGGACCCAGAAGCGCUGGCUCCAGGUCUUCCUCGGCGUCAUGGCAGCGGUUACCUGGCUGUCGUCCUACUUCGGCGACAACGUCUGGUCUUUUGUCGGUACUUUGUUCUUGCUGAACGUGGUCUCGGCGUCGUUCGACAUCUCCGUUGACAUCGUGGCGAUGGACGUGCUUCAAGGGUCCCAGCUGUCCCUAGGAAGCGCCGUUCAGGUGGGGGCCUUCAAAGUGGGCGCCAUAUUUGGAGGAGGCGUUCUCUUCCUGCUGCAACUUCUUGCUGGAGUGACGGGCAUUCUGCGGGGAAUGUCGGUUGUGUACGCCCUCGGACUUUGCAUCGUCACGUUACGGAGUGACCCCGAAAGGCCCGGCCCAAGGUCCGAAGCAGGUCACGCGGAGGAAACUGGGGGAGACGACUUCAAACUCGAAGACGUUCAGUCGCGCGAAGGUUUGCGUCGCCGAAAGGGUGAAUCGGAAAAGCUACUCGAUGGAAGCGAAUCGACUUCACGUGACGCCGAGACUGAUGGACCGAUACCCGGCUCUCUGCAGGAGAGAUUGAAGAGGGCAGUUUCGGUCCACGGCACCCUGGGUCUUGCUGUGUUCUUGAUCUUCUACAAGGCUGGUGAAUACGGCAUCCUGACCACAUACCCUUCAUUUCUACUGGAUCGUGGCUAUUCCUACUUCGUGGUUGGCUUCCUUAAUGGCGGACUGGCGCAAGUUAUAUCCAUCCUAGGAUCUCUCAUCGGUGGUUACAUGGCACGGUCCAGCAGGAGUCACAAGAGCCUUCUUAUGAAGCUGUGCAUCGCUCGUGUUUUGCCUGCGGCCCUCAUAUGCAUCACCAAUACGCGGCUCUUUGGUCGCCCAAAGAAUGUUUAUUUCGGAGUUGCGGGCAUGCUGACGCUCAACCUGGUGAGUGGCAUGAUCACCACCGUGGUCUUCACCAUGAUGAUGAGCAUGUCGCAGACCCUGCAGAGGGGCCUCCGGUCCACUCACUUCUCUUUUCUGUGCACCGUCGAAGUGGUCGGCAAACUGGCCGCCUCCAUUCUGGUUGGUCCGUGCAUCGACGUGGUGGGCAAGACGCCCACCUACUUUGUCAUGACGGCACUUGCUGUAGCCAGUAUUGCCACCACUAGGCUUCUCAAGUGAUAAGUGCUCAUUGAGGGAGCCGUUCGAUUGUUGGAAUCGCUAAAAGUGAUGGGGGGUGCGGGGGUUGAGAUUUAAAUGUUGGACUUGACCAAAUACAGCAGACAAUUAAGCCGAGGAAAGCAUAGGGGACGUUAAUUGCUGUCUUUAACUGCAGCAUAGUAAUUAUGACAUAAAUUGAAAUUAGUUAAAGUGAAUGGAAAAUCACCCUUUCUGUCAGUGGGAUCCGAACUAACUACCUUCGAAUUAUGCGUCCGGAUUCGGUUCUCAUUAACGGAAAGGGUGAUUUUUCGUCCGCUUUAAUUCAUAUCAGUUUAUGUUGUAAUUACUACACUACAGUUAAAGACAACAAUUAAUCGCCCCUAUGCCUUCCUUGGCUUAAUCGUCUGUCGGUUUUCUUUGGUUGUGUCUAACAAAGAACGAGCCACUCAGAAAAAAUUUCCCUUCUACUGUUGGACUUGUUAGAGUAGUUGUAGUGGACAUGCAAGAAUAAUAGAAAAAGUAAAGAUAACUUGAAAACUACCACAGUGGCAGUUUUCACAGAAAUGCACAUGAGGAAAUUUAACUUUUUAUUACAGUGAAUUUUUUUUUGCAAAAGUAGUUAUAUAUUUUACUGGGAGGUGGCACUCUUUCAGUGCAGCUGAAGUGUCCCCCUUCGCUGAUAAGUAUUACUACUUUGACUAUGAAAUUUUCUGUAAUUUUGACGUAUUUUCAUAGAAACUGUGUCUUGCUGCAUCAAUACAUUCUCGGUGAUGAAAUUCUGUUUCAUUUGCUUUUAUGUUUAAAACUCAGCUGUUAAAUACCUUCUAUGGUUUGAAUAAUUAACAAGGUUCUUAGGCAUAAUUGUGUGAUUACUGGGCUGGCCAGGAAAACAAAAACAAAUGCACUUCUUGAUUGUGAAAUUGUGUUUAAUGCUAAAUGAACUGCUAGCAUUUUUUGCAGAUUUUACAUAUAUAUAUAUAUAAGCUGUGUGCUUGUGUCAUAAUGUACUGAGCGAUCUACCUUUUGACGUAAAACACGCGUAUAUUGUUGCACUGAUGAGAAUGAUCAGCUCAUGUUAAUCUCUUCCUGUGACCAGCUGUGCAUUCCAUAGUGUUACAUUGUUGAUGUUAGCUGUUGAAAUGUUAAGUUUUGUUUUAUUUUAUAGAGCAUUCUCAUGCAGUACCGAUUUAAAUUGCUUGCAAAAUAUUUGCACUUCUGUGAAGUUCUCAAACACUUUCUGAUGGACUGUUUUCAUUUGUGUUGCCUAUUACCAGUGCUUCUUGCCAAACAAUAGACAUUGAAAAAUACUGACAUUUUGAGGAUGCUGUUGUUAUGUGGCAAGUUUUUUGUGGAGUUAUCAAAAAUAUCAUGCUGCGUGUAUGGAUCUUGCGUUGUAUUUAUGCGGAAACCCUAGAAGACCGUUUUAAAAAUAAUGUGACCUGUGCUACCAAAGCAUCUUUUUACGUGGUCAUUCACAAGUGCUUUAACUGCUUUAUACGUCUGCACAUUGUUGCGGCAACUUUCCAUGGUCAUUGACAAUCAAUUCACCACUUAUUUGUAAUGCCCAAAAAUUCUUCAGAAGCACCAACAGUACAUACAUAUACUUUCGAUGAGACUAUGUAUAAACUUAAGCAGAAAUGUUAACAUAAAGAUCCGCAGUAGGUGAAUAAGUUUACUUGAUUUCCAUGACAAGAUGCAUAGGUUUAUUUCUUAAUUAAAGAAUUUACUUGCAUUAUGUUCAGUGAAAUCAUUGUGCGUCAAUGGUCUACAAUGGGCUGUUAGUUUAAAAGCUUCAUGAUUAUCUCUUACAGAGUGAUUUCUCGCUGAGUUUAUGACGGCAUGCUCAAUCACAAGAGUAUGAAAUGUAACCCUAUCCUCAGGCCACAGCCUUUCCCAAUUCGUGUUUUGUGUGGCCACGGCUACAGUCCAAAUUCCUUUAACACAGUGUUGCGUAUCGUUUUGAGAGUUGUCGACUUCUGAUCACUUUAAGUGUAUUCCCGUGCCUACUGCCAACACAUUCACUCUUGUUUGUUGAUGACAUGAAAACGUUCAUUUUCAGUGCUCAUAUUUUCCACAGUGUGCACUAAUUGCAUAGCCACUAGUUUUGUAUCUGCGUGCUUUAGUAGGAUGAGCACAAGGUUGUUGUACAGUCUAGGAAAUUCAGUGUGAAAAUGAUAGCACUUCCGAUGGAGUACCGAGUGAAACACUUGUUUUACAUUGUGUAGUGUGCGACUGUGAUUUAACACUCCACAGUGAUAUAACACUCCACUCUCCUUCACUGUGCAUGGGUUCAAAUUCCAAGUUGGACAGGCGAUUUUUAAGGGAACCGUCAACAAAUUUUUAAGAGUGCUAAUGCUUGUGUUAUGAAAGUUUGAUAGCAGAGUGCCUCAGCAUGUAGUUUUACGACCACCAAGCUACGUUUAACCUUCACUAGUACCAACAUUUGAUAGUAGUCAUUGUGUGCAGUGUUUCAUGACAUUCCAUGAUGAUUUAAAAUUAUAGUUCGUCUUCUACCUCUAACAUACGAUUUUGAUUCUAUCAACACCUAGCGCACUCAUAUCCUUUCAGUGUUGGCUUUGAGACACAUCUUGGUUGGUUGUUGGACCCUUUAAAACUUUCAAACAGUAGUGGAUCUGGUUGUCAACAAACAGUUCUGUCGAAUUUUAGUAGUUCUGGGAAGAGCCUGUUACAAGUGCUGCUGUAAGGGGAUAUACUUACGGGCACUGAUGCAAUAGUAAUACGCUACAAUUUCAAUUAAUGUCAGCCUUACAUAUUGAGGCCGUUCUUGUGUGAAACCUGCCACGUGUAUUGUGGAAAAGUGCAUUUUACAAGCAGCUAUUUUUCUUAUUUUUGUAGCCCGAGGACAUAUUGAAUAUAACUGCUGAGGAGUGCUAUGGAUGACAACAGCCCUGUUGAAUAGGCUAAUCAAGUUGCAUUGCAUACAAGAAGUAUAUUACCCCCCCCCCACCCCCACUUGUUUUUUUAGCUGUUAUGUUUCUACAAGGCCAUAGGCCAGAAAUACUGCCUUCUGAAAAUGGUUCCUUUGUGAUGCCGGCAAUCCGUGAAACUCACGAAGAGUGCAAUAUUCCAGAGCUCAUUUAUCCCAAUGUUUAAUAACUGAGAGAUUAUUUUUGUAAGAAAUGCAGCGCUGUUGAGGAUCAAAUUAUAUUGACAGGUGUGGUGGUGAGAGCUUACCAAUGCUUUUUCUUUUGUUGUACCAAAUAUUAUACCUCUUAUAUUAUUUCAUUGUCACUUACGACAGCUAUUUUAGAACACCUGUGGGCAUAUAUACUACGUAUUGUGCGUGUUACAUUGCGUUACAAGUGUCACGUUAGAACGAAGUUGAAGCUACGGAACAUUACUGUAGCACGACUUUGAACAAGCACCACUUGUCAAAGUGCGUUUCUACAGUACUGCCUUAUGAAAUUAUUCCAGUCUUUGUGGCAGCUGAGUGAGCAGCACAUAUCUGCCUAAAAAAUUUUACCUUAUAGUGUGUACACACCUUGAAGGCAAACUGCAGCAAACCUUCGUUGGCUAAGGUCGUUAUGAGCGAGAGAGAGAGAGAAAAGACAUUUAUUUGGUCCGGAGGGAAGAGCAUGAGAUGUUUACACAUCCAACUCAUGGCUAGUCCCAUGUCGGGACGGGGAGGCCGAGCCUCUCCGCCCUCUCACGGGCCUUCCGGACAGCCAUGAGCUGGACGUCGUAGCUGGGGUCGUUGAUAGCAGCGGUCCACCAGGAUUCUUGACUGUAGUCCUGCAACGCAGGGCAUCGCCAGAGCAUGUGUUUCAACGAGCUAACGUCACCGCAGUCUGGGCAUGUUGAAUCUAUCUCCGCAUGUAUCCUACUCAUGAAGCUCCUUGAAGGAUACGAAUCCGUUUGGAGCAUUCUCAGCGUGAUAGAUUGUGCUCUACCGAGUUUGUGGUGAGGGGAUGAAAACACCCGUCUAAUCCCCCUGUAGUGCGAGGUAAUCUCGUGAAAGGUGACUAGGGGAUCGCCGAACUCGAGCUGUUGCGAACCAUUAGAGGGCCCCACAUCGCCGCGGCAUACGAAUCCUCGCGCACGAUUAUGAGCGAUCUCGUUGGGGUUCGGUUGGCCCGGUAUUACGUCCGGACCCAUGUGAGCUGGAAACCAGACAGUGUGGUGAAUUACGUCCUGCAAGGUCGUUAUGAGCGAGUAAUGUGUAAUGAGCAAUCGUGGCAAGGCCUCAAGGCUGGUAAUUCUGUAGUUUUCUCGUUAGCAGACUUCAAACUGCACCUAAGUAAAUAACAUAUCCAUUUGUUGGUUGUGACUACGAUGCAAGUCCAUGCAUGCCACCAGCUGUUUAUGUGCUGCUUUAUACAGAAGGCCGUGCUAAGGAGCCGGGCCUUCUGGGUUGUGUCCUUGUCAUGCGUCGCUCAUGGGAAGCUGUAACGGCCGAGUCUUUUUUUAGUUUUUGGGGUCAAAUAUUGCUGAGCGAGCUUUUUGCGAUGCUCCCACUCAUAUUUCAGAUGUCAAAUUCUGCUCGGAGAUACUACCUGAAACUGGGCUUUAUACGUGGUCUACAAGUUUGUUGCAGUUGGUCUCCGAGGGUGCGCUUACUCACCUGACUUCCUGCAACUUAGAUGCAUGGAAACUGAUCAACCUAGAGGACAGCAAGACUGGGGUUUCCGUCUCAAUAAAGCUGGACAAAUGCUGCAGGGCAAAAGAAAAGCAUGCAGGAAUUGUCCUUGAAUCCCAUCUUUUUGAUGGCUUGGAUAUGUCCUGCCUGAACAUAUCCUUGUACCAAAUCUUUCGCUGUUAUGCAGUGCGUGUAAUGUGAACUGUCGCCUUAGUCAUCAACCUUGCUGUCCUUGCUUUUACAAUGGCCGACUACGUUAUUAACUCCCAACUUGCUCAGAAAACUACAUUCUUUUGAGUUAUUAUCUAGUCAUGUGACUGCUAUGCCAAAGGCUUAGGAACCUCAGAAACUGCGACCAGUAGGCCAAAGGGAUGUGCACUCUGUAGACCAGCAGCGCAUAAGCAAAGUGCCUAUUAUAUGAAAGGAGGAUGCCUUUUUAUGGAGUAAUGUAUUGUUACACAAUUCUAAGCCUUGCGAGCAUUUAAUUUCUUUAGCACCUUGCAUGCAGUACUUUCCUGUUGGGAGCAGUGUGCCCUUCAGAGCAUCCCAUACUGUUCCUGAUAGAACAGUAUAGUGCACUGAGUGGUGAAGAAAGUAACCGUAUGCUAAAUUGAUUAUGACCGUCAUUUGGAAUGAUGUGACAUCAUACUCUAAGCAUGACAUGUUUCACGACAUCACACCCUUUAGUGUUAUGUCUUGAAACAAUAUCAUCUGUGUGCAAGCUGCUUUCUUGUUAAGGGUGUCAUGGGAUGCCAAGAUACGUUUCGAACAAAAACGUGCUGUUCACAUGUUCUGAAAUGCACUUAAAAUUGAAGUUUACAGACAAAAUUACACCAUAAAAUGUAAACUAUGUGCACACUAUGUACAAUCUCGACUAUCAAGUGUGUUAGCUUGGCAGAACAUCGUCAUGAGGCCAAAGAAAAAAAAAACAAUUGCUUUCUCUUUCUGUAUGUUGCUGGUAAGUGUUUCGUGAGGAGUUUUCUACAGUUGGAAAAUUGUGGUUACGCUGUUUGUAAAUGUCAGUUUCUGAGGAGCAUUAAAUGCACCAGUUCGAACAAAUUGAGAGAGACGUACUCCACUAGUGGAAUACUUGAUCUAGAUAGCUGCUUGCCAGCUGUCAGUUGUGUUCUUUCGGAGAUGUGUUGCAAUAUUUUACCACGAAUCGUUUUUUUAUAGCAUGCAUGUAUCAAAUCCUGGGUCUUAGUUUUGGAAAUAAAGUUUUUCUCACUGAAUUCUCGGUACUCUUAUUCCUAUGAGUGUCUG